ACAGGUGACAUGAAGCCGUCCCUCCAGUCUUGCACAGGUGUACCGGCUCCUCCCCUCCAGUCUUGCGCAGGUGUACAGGCUCCUCCCCUCCAGUCUUGCGCAGGAGUACCGGCUCCUCCCCUCCAGUCUUGCACAGGUGUACCGGCUCCUCCCCUCCAGUCUUGCGCAGGUGUACCGGCUCCUCCCCUCCAGUCUUGCGCAGAUGUACAGGCUCCUCCCCCCCAGUCUUGCGCAGGUGUACCGGCUCCUCCCCUCCAGUCUUGCGCAGGUGUACAGGCUCCUCCCCUCCAGUCUUGCGCAGGAGUACCGGCUCCUCCCCUCCAGUCUUGCACAGGAGUACCGGCUCCUCCCCUCCAGUCUUGCGCAGGAGUACCGGCUCCUCCCCUCCAGUCUUGCGCAGGAGUACCGGCUCCUCCCCUCCAGUCUUGCGCAGGAGUACCGGCUCCUCCCCUCCAGUCUUGCGCAGGAGUACCGGCUCCUCCCCUCCAGUCUUGCGCAGGAGUACCGGCUCCUCCC